ACAACCGGUUCACCGCGAAUCCGAAACUUCUUUCACGCAGCGACUCACUUGUUUGCCGGCGUCGAAGGAAUGCGUGUCGCUGUGCGAGAUAUUCGCGCUCGCGUGGUGUGCUGUGCACGGUUAGGUUUGCGCUAGUGCAAGACGCUGUAGCUUGUGUGCGGUCGUCUGAGCAAGCUACUGUACGUGGAUUUCGAGAAACAAGAACGUCUCUCAAUCCCCUCUCCAGCAGUCUGUGUUUCCAGACGAGGUCAUUCAAGAGGAUCAAACUAACGGAGGCAUGCCAAAGCGCAAGAAGACUACCGCAGUCGGGGACACGUCGGAGUGCACAGCUAGGAGCGCUGAAAAGGAAAAGCCAGCACAGGAGGAGUCCGGCUUUCCCGACGAUGAACUCGACACGCUCAUUUCGGCAGUGGACACUAUCGUGCUCUGCGUGGAGGACCGCAAGCACAUUCGAAUACCGGAAGGCUGUGUCUUCAACCCCGACCUCAGACGCGUGUACACCGAUCCUAAGACCCUGGUGGCCCGCAAGGAGGCGUUUGCAAACAUCGGCGUUUCGGGUGCCGUGUUCGCCGGCUGCGCCGCGUUCUCUUCGUCGAAGCCUUAUCGUCGCGCCGCCAUGUCGGUUCUGGCGACGGCACGCUAUCUGUGCAUCGUCCACAACAGGGACAACGUGUGCAAGCUAGCGAGCUGGUUUCCCUCGGUGACGGACUUGACGCUGCCGCACAACCUGGCCUUCCGCAGUGUCUGCAGCCGUCAAGACUGCGACAGCCACAGCGGAAGAAAGUCAUCCCUGGAGCGGAUCGCAGGCGAUGCACCAGCAUUAGGGUCGACCAACUUGGAGUUGGAUGAGCCGCUUCUCUCCGACUGUCUCCUGAUGCUUCCCAAGAUAGUCUCCGUUCAUGCUGCUUUGGACGCUGUGCUUCACGUUUGGGACGUCAUCUCAUCAGACGACGUGGUGCUGGACGACAUGGACUCUGCCUACUUACGCAAAUGUCCCGAAGUUAUCCUAGGAAGCUGGCGCGAGCUGCCCGGCUCGGCCCCGUCGUACAGAGACACCGGCGUCGCCGAAAUUGAGUGCGCCGGGCGUUUCUGUCCCGCUGUCAAGAAACUUGAGGUGGUGUUCGCGAAGAAACAGGUUCUCUCCGCGGUCGCCGACUAUAAGUACCUCACCAGCCUGUCCCUCAAGUUCGCCGGCGAGGGCAAGUGCGAUGUCAUUGGAACCAACCUGAUGAAGAUUGUCAAGAAGUUGGUCGACUUGGAGCGACUCGACCUGCAGUUCUUUAGCAACAUCGACCUGCGGGAGAUCGCCAAGAACUGCCCGAAGCUCGCGGACCUCUCUUUGCACGGCUGCACUCACGUCUCUGUUGACGUUGAAAACGAGGAGCUGCUGCCGAAGCAUCUGGCGUCUCUCCGCAUGGGGCUGCCUAUCUCGCCUGUUGAUCAUUUUGUAAUGCCCUUUACGCUUCUCACGUGCAACCGGGAUACUCUAAUUGACCUUCAAAUAGAAGGUGGCGUGGCGUCCAAGGUGUUUCUCGAGAUAUGCUGCAGAACGCAGUUUCCGAGUCUCCGGCGUCUGACGUUGGACACGGACAAGUCCGUUCGUGGACUGUGCAUCCCCCCGCAGAACUUGCACGACGUUGUCAAGAACCUACCCGCGCUCAAGUUUCUGGUCACCGACAGCUAUGACCUGCGGCUGUUCUUCGAAUACUACGUGCCCGCGGUCUCGAUUUCCUGGUGCGUGUGCACGGUGUGCAUGGUCGAGCGGUCGAGGCAGCACUUGGGCGAUGGAUGAAAAUGGCCUAUUUCUAUCGUCACGGACUAUAUCUUUCAGUCAUGAUGGUUCUAAUUUUCAUCAUAUUAAACAAAGCUUGCUCCAUAGCUUGAGGUGACCUUCGCC